CGGGCCGGCAGAGCUGGCGCGCAGUGUAGUAGUGCUGUCAAGACUGACAGACGUGGAGAGGAGCAAUGCGACCGCUCGCGACCAUGCUCAUGCUGCGCUGCACGGCAGCGCUCGUGCCGAGGGCUCUCCCGCGGGUGAGCACGCGCCUGCUCUCGACGCAGACGGACGGCGUGACGGGCUGUGUGGAAAUCAAAUUUACGGCGCGUUCGUCCUGAAUCGCCGCGUCGACCUCCACGCCAUCGACGCGACGCCUGCUCGAUAGCGUGGCGGUGUCGGUUCCUCACCGCUCGACGGAGCCAGCGCGGCCAUGUCGUCGCCGAGAAAUGACUUAGUGAAGAAUUAUCGGGUACACCCGACCCACUGGUUGAUUUCCACACAGGUGACGGGCACCAAAUUCGAGGAACCCGACGAGAAGAAGAACCCCCAGCGCCGGGGCGGCCACCAGGUCAAGGGCAUGAAGGAGGUCGACCCGGAGACGGCGAAGCGCAUGGAGGCGGUCCGCGAGCACCAGUCGAACUGCCCGCGCCUGCCCUGGGCCGACGAGAUCCGCACGAUGGCGGCGCAGCCGCGCGGCUUCGCGUCGCUCUCGACGGUGUCGUGCGCCGAGGGCAUCGAAGGCUUCCCGUCCGGGUCCGUCGUCGGCUUCGCGACGCUCGACGACGGCACGCCCAUCUUUUGUUUUUCGGCUAUGAGUGGUCACACGAAGAAUCUGCUCGCGGACUCUCGGGCGUCGCUGACGGUGACGGAGCCGGGCUUCGAAGGGGCAGCGGAUGCUCGAGCCGUCUUCACGGGCCGCGUCGUCCCCCUCAAGGCGGAACAGGCCGACGCCGCGCGCGAGGCCUACAUCAAGGCGCACCCGACGGCCUUCUGGGCCCAGUUCGGCGACUUCAAGAUGUACGGCAUGACGGAGAUGCUCGACGUGAGCUUCGUGGGCGGCUUCGCGCGCGCCGGCGGCGUCACGGUCGACGAAUACUUGGAGGCGAGCGUGGACCCGUGCCUGGCCUUCUCCGAGCCGGUCAUGGGCCACAUGAACGGCGACCACGGGUCCUCUUUGAAACAGUACGUCGAGGUGCUCGUGGGCUGCGCGCCGGUGAAGAGCGCGCGCAUGAAGCGGCUGGACCGGCUGGGCUUCGACGUGCGCGUCGAGGACGCGGAGAGCGGCUCGACGGGCGUGCUGCGCGUGCCCUUCGACGAAGAAGUCACGGAGCGGAAGAAGAUCAAGGACGCGAUCGUGGCCCUCUCGAAGAAGUGCGCCGCCAUCAACCCCGACUGGCGGCCGCACGGCUCCGAGGAGGAGUGAUUGCUAAGAAUAUUUGUAUGACAGAC